UGAAUCAGAUCAGUUAGUUUAGACCCAGGUCAAGUCACAAUCAGCCGAAAAAAUGCAAAGGCAGAUGGGUUUCGUGGGCCGUGGGGUUAGACUUGACUUUACUUUUCUUCUUCUUGUCUUUGCUGGCACGCCGCACGCCGCUGUAUGGGAGGAAAGGGCGGGACCCUCUCGAUCUGGGCCCGGGAUUUGCAGGCGGAAAAUGGGCAGAUGGGAAGGGGGAAGAAGAAGCUUCCUCGCGAGACCCGCACUCAGGAUUCGUUGUCCUGCCUCCUUCCCGAGAGGUACUGGACGACGCGUGUAUCCGAAUGGCGGGAAUACUAAAGGUUCUCAUCAGUACUUUCCAUUCCUUCCAUUCUCUUCAGGCGACCUUACGGAGAAGAUACGUAAGGUAUGGACGGAGGAGUACCAUGCUGCGCUUCUCGACGAGGUGAAAAAAACAGGUUGGCAGGCAGGGCAGGAACGACCUGAAGAGAAAUGUACUUUCCUCCAGUGCCUCCUUCCUGCCACAAGCCGGAAGGUGUGAAAGGUACCUCGCUUCCAACCUGGGGAUUGGGCAAGUCCAUGUCCCCCUUGCAGAUGCCUCAAUGAGUGUGCGUUGCAAACCGACCAGAACAGGA